AUGGCCCUUUUGAGCGUUGCUAACCGCACCGUGACCCUACUGUUUUUGGCAGGUAACACCCUGCUGCUGAUUUUGAUUAUCCUUUCCGGAGCCACGACCAGCUUCCCCGUCAAACGCUUCUACUGGCUGCAGGCAGACACCAGUGGACUGGGCUCUGCGCCUUCGGUGUCCAGAUGGACUUUCUGGGGUCUGUGCGACUACACCAACGGCAACCUGAGCUGCAACGACCUGUCCCCUGCAUACCCAAUCUCGCCCAAGGACAACUUCGGCACCACGACCAACAUCCCUUCGGACUUCAUCAGCGACAGAAACACCUACUACUACUUGACCAGAUUUUCUUUCUGUUUCUUCUGGGUUGCGCUCGCUUUUAUCGGCGUGGCUUUCCUGCUGUACGUGAUUUCAUGGUGCUCCUACUCGUUCACCAAGGUGGUGUUCAUCCUCUCCACCGUUGGCGCGCUCUUCGACAUCGCUGCGGUCUGCUUGCAGACUGCUGCCUCCGUGAUGGCCAGAAACGCCUUCAAGGACGGUGACAGAGACGCCAAAAUCAGCGCCACGCUGUUUGGUAUUGCCUGGGCCAGUGUCGCGUGCUCCCUGUACAUUUUCUUCGGUACCGGUGCCGCUUUCAUCCGCAGAGCCUACCAGUCUCACAAGGAGUACGUUGAGAUGCAGAAGUACAAGGAGCAGGCUUUGAUGUACCAAGGCAAGCAGCAGGCUACCUCCGAGAUCCCAGACGCCGAGUCCUACGGUAUUAACGAGGACUUGGAGCACAACCGCGCCACUGUUGCUCCAGAGACUCAGCCAGAGGCCCACCACAGCGGCAUCAAGUUCUUCAAGAUUAGAAGAACCCAGAAGGCUGGAGACCAAGAGUCAUUGUAA